UCUAUUAGUUGGUCUUAAAUUACCGGUGGCUAUGCAGAAUAACUUUUUCUGUAGAAACAUCAAAAGUGUGCGAAAUUAAUUUCAGAAGCAUGGAUCCGUCUCCGCACAAAGAUAAAUACAAACAUAAAACUGAUUCAGUCAGCAAAAUAAAAGAAAGAAGAGGACAGGAAGUUGUUUCAUUGAGAAAGGAAAAGCGUGAGAAGAUUGUGAGUUCUAAAAGGUUGAGAUUGGAUGCUACACACAAUGCUGAUGGUGAUCAUGGAUUUACAGAAGAUUCAGUGAUAGAGCUAACAAAGAAGUUGCAACACAGUGACCCAGAUAAACUUAAGCACUUGAGGACAUUAAGACAAGCUUGUGCUCAGGGAACUCAAUACAUUGAUGCUUUCUUCAAGGUUGAGAAUGGCUUGCAGUGCAUUGUGGGAUUUUUGACAGGAAGUGAUGUUGAAUUACAACAGGAAGCAGCAUGGUGCCUGACAAAUGUAUCAGCUGGAUCAACAGAUCAUGCCAUGGCUGUGGCCAAGAUGGCUGCACCUUAUCUUAUUACAUUUCUCAGUUCCAAUAACCAUUCACUUCAGGACCAAUGUGCUUGGGCUUUAGGGAACUUGGCAGGGGACAGUCCAGAUUGCAGAAAUUUGUUGUACGACCAGGGUAUUGUGUCUCCACUUGUCAAAUUAUUGCAGUCUACACAGCCAGCAGUAGUACAGUCCUCAGCAUUUGCUCUGUCAAACAUUACUAGAGAAUCACCAGAAAUUACCAGAGAACUGGUAGAGGCAGGUAUUAUAGACAUGCUGCCAGUAUUUCUAAAUACAAAAGAGGAGAAUAGAGCCACCUUGUCUGAAGUAGCUUGGAUACUUACUUACCUCACAACUACAGGGGAACAUGUGCCAGCACUAAUAGAGAAAAGUAUUUUGGCAUUUGUUGUCGGUCUUCUAGUGAAACUAGUAACAGAGAAUCCAAUAGAUGUACAGACAGUCACCCCCCUUCUUCGUUGUCUUGGUAACAUUUGUAGUGGACCAGAAGAACAUUCUCUGGCAGCAGUAGAUAACCCGCGUCUGCUACAUACACUAGGAGUUUAUCUAGAUUCCAGUAUUAACCAUAUUGUGAAGGAAACUCUUUGGGUAUUCGCAAAUUUGUCAGGUGAGCCUACAAUUGCUACCUCUAUUGCUUAUAGUCCACUUCUAGAGAAGUUAAAAGAUAAGCUCACAGAUGGACAUGACAUCAAACUAGAGGCAUUGUAUGUGUUGAACAACCUGGCAUGUCAUGGACAGGAGGCAUGUGAUUACCUGUUAGAACAACAUGUAUUACAGAGUGUUAUACCUAUAUUAAAAUCACAUGAUGUUGAACUGUUAAACCUUAGUCUUGGAUUCUGUGAAAUGAUCCUCAAGAUAACAGAAGCUGGUUAUAACAUAUUUGAGAAGUAUGAGGGUGUGGCACGUCUUGAGGGGCUAGAGUAUCACAGUAAUACGACUAUCUCUACUAAAGCUCAUGAACUGCUCGAUACAUACUUCCUCACUGAUAAAGAACAUGAGGAGAGUGCAAAUACUGGAUAGUUAUGAAUUGAUGAUGUGUUUACAAGUCCGGAUUGUGUUCAUUAUAUACAUACUGCAAAACUUGUCAAUAUACACAUGUACAUAACAUUCUCACCGGAAUUAUCAUCAGAAGUGCUACUUUUGUUUUUAUAUCAGUUUGUAUUAUAUCAUAUACCAUGUAAUGGAAAAUAAAAAAAGGACACAAUAA